GGGUGUUGCGAAGGUAUUUGGUGGUAUGCCGUACUAUAGAAUGGCUCAGGUAAAUUAUUUAUUUGGUGGUUGUUUUAUGCAUUGUCAUUUAUCUGCUGCUUGGAUUAAAAUUUAUAUAUAAUUCUGAUUAAAUUGUAAAAUAAACUUUUAAAAUAUGACAGUGUGCAUGAAAUUUCAUGUCCGUUUGUAUGGUACCACGUUCCGGUACGGCAUGAGAGGCAGGAUCAGGGUCUGAAAUUUAAAUUUUUCUCAGUAUCCAACUGGGACCAGGAUUCAACGUUAAGUAUCCCCCCCCCUGAGAAUCCAGUAUCCCAAUUCUGGAUCCUGGUUAAUACCAUACAGUACAUAAGUUUUAAUUCAUAUGCAAGUCACGCUUUCUGAUUCUGGACUACUAGAAUAUUUUCCUAAAUCCCUAAUUCCUAGUAUGUACUGUAGUUUAAACCACGCUUUCUGAUUCUGGAGUACUAGAAUAUAUAGUUUUCCUAAUACCUAGUAUGUAGUUUAAACAGCGACUACAUGGUCAGGAGUCAACAAAAUUUCAUCUCUUUUAUUAUCUUGUGUGCUCAUUAGGAUCAUUUUAAUAUUUUUUCAAAAUCAUUUCGCCUUCCAUUCUGCACUGUCAAGACGGGAUCAUGAUAUAGUCAGCUACGCCCUUAUUUCAUUUUAUAGUAUGGACUUUAAUUAUUGUAUUGUAAAUUUAGUGUCGCUCAGUGAAGAUCACCAUCACAGAUGAAGCAGUUCCAGUGCAAGUUGAUGGUGAACCUUGGAUGCAACCUCCUGGUGUUAUUAAAAUCGUACAUAAAAACAGAGCACAGAUGUUAGUCCGAGAUGCAGUAAGUAAACCGUCGUUGCUACUGUCUUUUAAUUUAAUGACGAACAGUUGCAGGUAAAACAUUGUCCAUAAUUACCUAAAUCUUCAAUGUCCACAACAAGCAUUUGAUGUAGUCCGUGUGUUGCAUGUGACCUCGAAAAGUGCCUAGAAAACGAUUUUCAUUAAGCAUGUCUUAGAUCUGAAAUAUUUUUACGGGAACUAACACUUUCGAACACGCUGAGUUCAAAUCCGAAAAGUUCCCACUCCGUAGACCCGCAGUUUUUUCACAAAAUGCUAUUUUAUCUUCACUAAUUUCACAACAAAUUUUUCAUUGUUCAACAUCACGGAUCGAUGACGAUACACGAUUAUGUCACUCAAAAGGACCAAUUUCUAUUAACCAUUCUUCCUUUUAACAAAAGACCGGUUUCGCUCGUAUCAUUUUGAGUUAUGUAAUCUUAUGCGUGUUGGACGUAAACAACAUAUCUUGUCUACAACUUUGAGAAGGUACAGAUAAUUCCUUCUAAUAUCCUUAGUUCUGGAUCUAUUUCUAUUAAAUCACAAGAACGUUAAUGUUAAGUCUUUGGGCUAUGUCUCUGGGCUGAGAAAUAAUUCCUUACAUGCGAUCAAAAUGUUUUAUACAAAGAUAUAAAACGGUAAUCUAUAUGUAAUGGAUCAGCACUGAAAUUUCCAACACUGUUUCCAAGACGUAAUUCAAGAGAUAACUUAUCAUUGCAUUUGAACUAUUACAUCAGUUGGUGUUAUGCUGUGCGAUAAGCGAGUAUUAUUGGAAAGAGGGCUUCUAUAUAAGUCGAAAUAAUCAAAUAAACAGCUCAUGCACACAUUUCUCCACUUCGCGGUAAGUUUACAGAGCGUAUUUUAUACUUUGUGACUGAUCUUUGUCUUUGAUGUGAACAUUUAUUCUUAUAGUUUAAGGUUAUUUAAGAUUGAUCCUGUCGGAAGUCUUCUACCUGCAACCAUUCGACAAUAUUUCGUUUUAGCGUUAUCAUCUUUGCCGUUACGUUGGCUUCGCGUUACUUUUGUUUUAAAUAUCUUGAUCGCGUUAAAAGAGUUAUUUUUCAGGCCGGUGACAUAGCUAAAAGACUUGACUUUAACGUCAUUGUGAUUUUAAAGAGAUAUCUCUAGAACUGAGGAUUUUAGAAAGCGUUAUCUGUACCUUCUCAAAGUUGUAGACAAGAUAUGUUGUUUACGUCCAACACGCAUAAGAUUACAUAACUCAAAAUGAUUCAAGCAAAACCGAUCUUUUGUUAAAAGGAAGAAUGGUUAAUAGAAAUUGGUCCUUUUGAGUGACAUAAUCGUGUAUCGUCAUCGAUCCGUAUCGUUGAACAAUGAAAAAAUUAGUUGUGAAAUUAGUGAAGAUAAAAUAGCAUUUUGUGAAAAAACUGCGGGUCUACGGAGUGGGAACUUUUCGGAUUUGAAAUCAGCGUAUUCGAAAGUGUUAGUUCCCGUAAAAAUAUUUCAGAUCUAAGACAUGCUUAAUGAAAGUGAACGAUAUCGGGUCACAACACACGGACUAAUGGUCUCGAUUGCUCGACCGAUCAGUUGAAAACUUGUCAAAUGAAAAGUGAAAUCUUGACGAAAUUAAAUAUGAGAAUUUUCCUAUCUGCGACUGUUGAUUGUUGGAAAUAUAACAUUACGGUGAGCUAUCUUUAUUUAUACUGAAUCGCCCUAUAUCAUUUCUCAAGUGUUUGGUAGAGUCAGACUGGAAACAUACAUUCAGGUCACAUGUGACUUUGGCAAAGUUAUAGCUAACACGAAAUAACUGUAUAUUUCAAGACAUGAAUCCCAGGUCCAGGAGGUGAAGGGAAUGCACGAGUCAAUGUGCCAUCACACAUCUUUUUAUUUAAUAGGAAUUUGAGAGUACUUUAAAAUCUUGGACUGAUAUUCAACAAGAGAAACACGAGAAACAUUAUUUAUCAGAAGAGGAAAAUAUGAAACAAAUGGUCUUCUCAUUGAGAGCUCUAAUUAAAUGGUUAGUUGAAAAAUUUGGCAGCCUCUUAGCAACCUAUAUAUAUUAGUUGUUAGUACAUCCGAUAAACCUGACAAAAGCUGGAUUGUAUUUAUUGUGUUAAGAUCGGACGUCAGUUACUAUACUGCAUGAGCAUUUCUCUCCUAUAUGUUUUGUAACUUAGUAAUUUUUAUUGCCAACAUCGUUUAACAAUUUCAUUUUCUGCAUAUCUAGUCUCGACUUUAUAAAACCCUGCAAACCCCCCUCCUUCAGCUCCUUGAUACGCCGCUCUUUAACUUGCAUUUUAAGGUUGAUCAGAAAUAUGCAGGCAUAUAUUUGUAAUAACUGUUCAAAUUAUGGUAUAAUCAGUAAUCAAUUAUGAUAUUCUAGCAUUCGUGUUGGUGUUUGUCAUACAUUAAUUCAUCAGAGACUUCUUCCUUUGGCUGAAAAUCUCGAGAUGAAACUCAAUAGAGUAUUCCCUGGAAGAAAACUCGCAGAA